GUGACACAAUUGGCGUCAUGUUGAACUCAACACAACACUUCCGUCAAGUGUUGUCAAAAUAAAAGAUUUGUGCUUGUCUUACAGUUUUAGUAUCUUUCUCGUUUCCAACUCGUAUUGCUAAACAAGUAUUAAUCAAAAAUGUUAUUCACUCUGAAAUUGUCAGUAAUGAAUUUAGCUAAUGUUCGUCUGAAGGAUGUACAUACGCGACAUUUAAAAUGUAAAAACAUGAACUUCCGAUAGUUCAGACAGUCAGACCCCACGUGGUUUUCAACGCACUGUUAGUAGAAACGACAGGUCCAAGUAGUCUGGUCGACAUAAAAGAAAAAACUGGACGUGCUGGAGAUGUUAAUAUGGUUGGGAAGGUGAAACAUGUCCGUCAGAAGCUCCAUCAGGAGGCCGUGAAGCUCCACGGUCCCCACAUCCUCACUCAGCCCAGCGGGACGGAGCUGUCCCAAAGCCCGCUAGAGCUCCACAACCCACCGGCGGCGCCACCCGGGGACAAAGAACCGACCCAAGGCGAAGGACAGACUAUUUCUCAGAGCUUCUUUCCUUCUGGGAUAUUUGCUGCCACAAAGAUCUCUGCAGAGUCCCUGGUCCAAACACUCAGCUUUGAGGAACGCCCACAAGUUCAGCCCAGCAACACAGGACCAGUGGAGAAAAAACUCAAGUCAAAGAAAGAGAAGAUGAAGGAAAGAAGAGAAAGAUGGCUCAGCAAGAUCAGCUUCAUCAGGCAGGCCAAGGAGAAGCAGGCGGCGGAGGCCCGGCGGCGGGCCACCCCUGUUGUGGGAGACCUCAGGCCGCUGGUGGAUGCCCUGCCGGAGCUCUGCCAGCUCAUUAGGCCCCCUGCUGCCUUGGGAUCCCGUCGUAAGACAAGGAAGAACAAAACGCCCAUGAAGAGGCCAGAGCCCACAGACUUCAGCCAGAUGAAACAGUCCCAGAAACAUAAACUGCUGGAAACCGAGAGCAGCCGCUUCAACGACGCAGUCAGGAUACUCUCCGGCAAACAGAACCCACUGCUGGACAUUGGAGAGCAGCUUAAGAAGAGGAUGAGGCAUGAGGAAGAGCAGGGCCCCAGUUAGUAGCAGGUGGACUCUCAGACUGCACCACCUGAUGACUGUAGCCUUCUGCUUCCCAUUGUGACUCUGAGUAUUUUUCAAAAAAAGCUUCCAGCAAGCGUCCACUUCUGCCUGUCUCUCUCAAACAUCUUUAGAGAGUCUUCUUGUUCUUUUGUUGUUCACCAAUAUCAGUUCUCCAUGUGCUGGAGCCAUCAUCGUCCACAAAGAUGUUCAGCAUCUCAAUGUGUUCCUCUGGAAAUGUCAUGUUGAACUUCUUCACAGCUGAAGUUCUAAGACCCUGAGCAGGGUCUGGGUGGUAAGCUGUGUUUAGAUCCGAGGUAAGACAAACCUAAUCAAUAGGAGCGUCAGGGCUCAUGUGGACCAUUAGUGCUCAUUAAUAAUGGAUGCUACGGGAAGAGCAUAGGCUCAAAUAAAGUAAUUAGAGCUUUGCAAAACCAAACAUUGAAUUUCUGAACUUUCAGCUUGCUAACGUCUGACUAUGUUGUGUUAUGUUGUCAUUUUGGUAUGAUUGGAAGCUUCAACAACAGAUUUUAUUGGGGUUUAUGUUGAGUGGUGACGGUAUCUUAAGCCAGUGUGUCUCAGCCCUGGUCCUCCAGCCAUUCUGCCCUGCAUGUUUUAGGUGCUUCUUUUCUUCAGCCAAACUGAUUUCAGGCAUUUGCUGAACUGCAAUCACCUGAAUCAGGAAUACUAAGGCAGGAAGCUAUCUAAAAGAUGCAGGGCAGUGUGACUUGAGGGCCAUGCUUGGGAAACACAGUCUUUAAGCACUUCACAACUUUCUCUUUUCAGAUAAAGUCCACUGAAGUUUGGAAAACACACAGAAUCAUGGCAAUAAACUGAUGAACAUGUGUUUUUUUUUUUAAACUAAUUUGUGUAAGAUAUGAAGCAGCUAUUCUGAAUGAAGCUGAAGAGAUGAUCAACACCUUACUCAAAGAAUGAUAAUGAUGAUGGUGGGAGGGGCUUUAAGAAUAAACAAGUAAAUAAAGGAGUAGUUCAUUGG